AUGGAUUCGUCAAGCAUAUCGUCAAGAGCCUAUCAAAAGGCUCCGGCUCAAUAUCCUCGCGCCUCUUCGCGGACGUCCAACCGAUCCGCGUCCACCCGUAUGACUUCUCAAAGCGUGCGAAGUCCAGUCCCGGGCCCUCGCCUCGCGCCCUCACCUCAACUUUCCAAUGACCACCCGAGCCAUCGAUACCACCACAGCUCUUACAAGGAGCAAGUGCUGUCGCCUCGAUCUACACCCAAACCUACGCCGCAGGGGUCGAGAGAGGGCAGCGUCGAGUCCCCUCGUUCCCAAGCAGUUUCAUCGUUCCUACAGGAAAAGUUACAGCGAGAAAGAAGGGCAGAGGUGGACAAGCUCAGCCAGAGCGCUCUAUCACGAGUCAGCGAAGACUUUGGCGCGCCACUCAGCAUUAGCCGCGUCAAUUCUCCAAGGAGGAGAUCGGUCGCAGCUUCGUCGGAUGGAUCGCGCCCCAAGUCGAGCAGCGGCAACGAUCCUGCCAAGAAGCCCGGAUUGGGCGUCAAGGACAUGGACAAUGUCAUCUCAAGACUUCACAAGGAAAACUUUGACUUGAAGCUGGAAUUGUAUCACCGCCGCGAAAAGCAGUCAACACUGGAAUCAAGCAUCGAAACCCUAGAAAAGGAGAAGCGUCAGACCGAAGAGAUGAACGAAACCUUGCUCGACGAGCUCGAAAAACGCGACAAGGCUGUUGAGGAGGCCGUCGCCAUGAUCGUUAUGCUGGAGGCCAAGGUAGACCAGUUGCUUCAAGAGAGGAACAUGGUUCUGCAAGUCGAACAGGAGGGUUUCUUUUGCCGUCAAGACAUGGAGCAAAAGUAUCUUAGAACUUCCCUCGACCUUCCAGCUGACGACGCUGGUAAGCAAUUGGACCGAGUCCGGGCCCUCAACCGCGUGCCAAGCUUCCUUUCAGAAAAGAGCGAAAACACCGAAAACUUGCGCAACGUCUAUCUCGGAGUCCGGGGGAGUGCGCUGAGUCUGGCACGGGUCACUGAGGGGAACAUCGAGGUGGAUAACGGUGCAACUAAUGGACCGGCUCCGGGUAGCCCGACCUUGAGCGUCCUCAGCGAGAGCUCCUUUGCCAGCGUCUAUGGUAAAAAGGGCCAAGAUGGCAUCUUCCCUCCACCGGUCGAUCAGCCCCUUGGCUUGGAUGGUAUUGAUGCCGGCUCGCAGAUUUACACAGCGGAGGGGCGGGACGUCUCCAAAAGGAUAACUGGGUUCCCGCCGCGGGCCGCUUCUGCCAACCAUUUUGCCGGGUCAAGCCGUUCAUCCGCUCCCCGCCAUUCUAGCAUCUCGGGUCCUGUGGGUCACGCCUCCCCGCUACAGCAGAUCGAGCAGCUGGCCCGGUCUCAGAGUGUGCUUCAAGAGGGCUUCCACCCUGUGGCCAACAAUUCGAGCAGAGACCGACGACGCUCACAGCCUCCUGCUACCUUGAGAAAGGUCAUGACGGACGGCCCUGGUGCUUUCAGACUUCAUGAUCCAAAUUUCCCUCCCACUCCUGACACGAUUUCGACAUCGACACUGCAUCGAAUGCGAAGCUCCAACGACUCACUUACAAGACAAGACAGCCGAAAUGACAGAGCCUCAGUCGUAUACAGUGAUCAGGACAAUCAGUCGCUGCGAGUUUCAUUCCGGGGAAAGCAGAGUCAAUUACGAGGUGUAGAAAAGGGGUCUGGAGAUGACAAUGGACACUCGUAUGGUAUUGCCGUUCCUAUGCCACAGCAGCACCAUCCUCACCAUAGAGCCGCCAGCGAGUCUACGACGUCUCGGAAGAAGGACAACCAAUGGGAUAGUACCGAUUCUGACGAGCAUUCCGAGUCUCACUCCCCCCGAUCCAGUCUUGACAUCUGGAUGCGAGAGAGCAACAAACCAACGCCAGACGAUAAUAUCUCUUCCGACAUUUUCAACUUUCCGCCCGGCUUUGGUCAUCAGAAGACACAGUCGCAGGGCAUUGGCAACGAUGCCGACUAUAUCAACGACCUCUUCUCACUGCGUCAGUCUCUCGUUACGAACACGGCUCCGCCUCCACCCGGCAGGCGAUCAAGUCUCCAUGCCCGCACGUCAUCGACAACCUCAUCUGCCCGCAACUCGCCCAGAACGCUCACUCUUACCAGCACUCCAGAACAGCCAGAACAUCCAGAGGAGCCGCAAUAUGUCAGUCGCCCUAGGCAGCGGAGUAACAGCGUCCAGGUGAAACACGACUACCAUACGCCUAUCCAGUCUCCGUCCAUUCCUCAGCUCCCACAAAGCGAGAAGAGAAACCACUACCCUCCGGUCACUGGACCACGGACAGCAUUGAAUAGACUGUUCCGUCGCUCAGUAGCUCCUACUUCCCCAGUCAGCAUGCCUACGAGCGCCACCGAGACUACCUUUUCUGAAUCGUACAAGAGCGCCCAGGGCGUUCCUCUUCAGCCCUGGAUGAACAGAAACAUUGACAGCGAGCUCGAUCCUCGUAAUGGUGCCGGCUCGACGCCACCACCCAUCACGCUUACGCUUCGACAGAGGAGAAGAAAUACGGUGGGAACUGAAGCCGCACCCUCAUUUAUACCCUCAUCAACCAGUGCUCCCGUACGACUCUCAGAGAUGGCUGUCAAUGGACGAAACUCACCAACUGCGAAGAAACUACCGCCGCUACCGGCCGAGCCAACUUUGCCAGCGGCAUCAGUCAUUGGUACUCGCAGGAAGUGGCUACCUGGAUUUUCAAGGGGUAGCAGCAGCUUGAGGAACAGAGCCAAUUAG